GAACUUCAUGUUAUCAAUAGCCCUAAAGGCCACCAUGUACCAGCAAUCUUCAUAUUCAAGUUUCACCACGCUAUUAGUGAUGGCACCUCCCUCAUGGCUGGUGUUAAUUCUUGACAAAGAAAAAACUUAUUACAUCUCAAACCCAACAAAACACUACUUCAAAGAAUUUGAUCUAGUUUUUCAAGAUUAAUGUCCCUAAUUUUAUAUCUUCAAUCAUAUACUCUUUAUAUGAUUUUGGACAAGUUGUUGGGACGAUAUCGAUAGUCAUACUCCAAUUAGGUCUGGAACUAUAGACAUGACUCUUCCAUUUUCGGCUAGAGUUUGCUCGCUUGCUUUAUCACUCAAUGAUGUUAAAACAAUCAAGGAUCAUCUUGGAGUGACAAUCAAUGAUGUGGUCAUCGGAAUAAUAUUUUUGGGAACUCAAUUAUACUUCCAAGAAACACAGCAGCAACAGCUCAAAAAUGCCCGAGCAACAACAUCAAUACUCUUCGACAUUAGGAACGUGGAAGGAAAAUUAAGCUUGGAUGAAAUUAUCAAGGGAAACUUGUGGGGAAAUCGAAUUUUGAUUAUGGAACUUCUACUCCUGAUUUUAGAGGAUGAAGAUCUUACAAAUCCUCUCAAAUUUAUCUUGAAAGCUCAUAACAUUAUCAAUAGAAAGAGGAGUGGUAUCUAUAGUCCCUAUCUUUUGGCCGGACCGCUUGAAAUUGUUAGGGCAUUUGGUGGCCUUCAAGUUCGUCCUAUACCACGCAGUUCAUUGACGGAUGUCUUGCUAGGUCGUUGGUCUAACACGACGACUAACCCUCAAAUACAAAUUUAUAAUCCAAAAAAUUACCCUAGACUAGCUAGUGGCAAGUUUAGGAGUCGAACCACAAGGAGGUUUGAAAGGACCUUUGAAUUGUAAUUGAAUAUUGAGUCGUGGAAAACAAACUAGAAUGGAUGAUUGUUUCUAAGGUUUAAACUAAGUAAUCUAAGGUGUUUAAUUGCAAUAAAGGAAUGCUAGGGGAAUUAGAUCACUAUGCUUGCCUCUAUUCAAUGUCCUAACAAUGGUAAUAUGCUCAAUUCAUGCAAAAGAAAAUGGAUUACGGUCCUUGUCUAAUUAAUAACUAGAAUCGUCUCGAUCUCGAG